AGACAUCGCGCCAGGCAUUUGCCCGAAUGCAAAGGAAACAGCAAGUGCGUUUGCAAUUUCUGAAGGAGUGAUUGUGGUGGAGCUUCAGUAGCUUUGUACUUUGGGGGCUUGGUACAUUUGGAAGGUGCACUGCAAUGAUGUGGGCGGAUGUGAGUUGCAGACGGGGUUGGAUCCGGCGUGCAGUGACUCUGCAGCCAGAGGCAGAGCGAGCUGCUGCUGGCAGGGGCCGAGCAUGGAGUCGGACCGGCGGCUGGCCAGGAGCAGCUUCGGCCAUGGGGCCAAAGGGCAGCGCUUCAGCCUGCAGCUGGUGGGCUCGCUGCCGGUUCACCAGCUCACCACCAUGCCCAUGCUACCCUGGGUGGUGGCGGAGGUACGGAGACGGAGUGCCCGGGGUGCAGGGAGCCGGAGGGUCCGCUUGCAGGUCUGCCAGGGCUGGCUGCGGUGUGUGGCAGCGAGUGGGGGCAGCCCGGUGUUCCAGCAGCAAGCCCAGCACAUCUACAAGCUGCUGCACUACAGCAGCGAACCCAACUACUUCGCCUAUCUGACCAGGAGCCAGGCUGGCCCGGAGCCCCAGCACAGUCUCUGCUUCGUAUUCCGAGCUUCUGAUCACACGCUGGUUCCUGAGAUCAUCAACACUAUCCGUCAAGCUGGGAAGACUGUCCGGCAGGAAGAGACUCAGAUCCGUGCACACGAUGAUGAUUCUUUUGCUCAGAAAUACGAGGUCCUAUUUGUCGGGAAGGUGACAGUGGCGCACAAGAAAGCUCCUCCAGCUCUAAUCGACGAAUGUAUCGAGAAGUUCAAUCACGUCAGGAAACACAACACCGAGUGCAGGAAAGGAGAAACGGAGCAGAAGCGAACUGAAAAACCACGAGCUGAGCAUUCACGCUUCUUUACUUCCAAACUUCCAACACCCUUAGUGCAAAAGAGGAACAAAUCUGCUCCCAAACUGACCAUUCAAGAUGAACUUCCAGUCACACACCCCCAGAACUGUUUAGAGAAAAGUGAGUCACUUGACUUGAACAGCAGUGCAAAGAGUGGGGGCUUACUCGAAGCCAGGAAGCGUGCUGUCAGCGCACCAAAUAUUGUGCAACCUACUAAUGUGAAGGCAAAUAGGACCAUGCUGUUCACGAUUGGCCAAUCAGAGGUUUACCUCAUUAGUCCUGACACGAAGAAGGUGACGAUUGAGAAAAAUUUCAAAGAAAUUUCCUUCUGCUCUCAGGGAAUUAAGUAUGUGGAUCACUUUGGAUUCAUCUGCAGGGAGAGUCCAGACUCUGGAAGCUGCCAUUUUGUCUGUUAUGUGUUUCAGUGUACAAAUGAGGCUUUGGUCGAUGAAAUUAUGUUGACUUUGAAGCAAGCGUUCACUGCAGCUGCUGUCCAUCAAAACAUGAAGAUCCAAGCUCAACUGUGUGAGGGAUGUCCAAUGACAUGUCUUCACAGAUUGUGUAAAAAGAUAGACGGCCUACCCCCUUCAAAAGCAAAGGUGGAAAUUCAGAAACAUUUAUCAACGUUUGACAACCGAGAUCAAGGAUCAAUCUUCGAGGGAGUUCAGAAAAUGAAGCCAAAAAAUGAAUUGGAAGAAAAUGAACUGGUUCUAUCAAUGCUGCGACAGCUUUAUGAAGAGAAACAGAAGCUGCACACCCACAAUGGAGAUGCCAAGCAGACUCCACAAAGCUGCGCUCAGCCUUCAAAUAUGAACGGACAACAGUCUCUCUCCGGCCGCUUUAGACUGGACCACCUCAAAACCAAGGCAAAAAAAUCAUUGGCUGAAUCUCUGGAGAACAUUUUAUCAAUGGGAGGAUCUAGACUCAAGAGUCAAACAAUUGUUGAAAGUGCAGUGUCAGAAAAAACAAUUAUAAGUCUUUCCAGCUCCAACCUAUCCAAGAGUGCUUAUUUGGAUGAGAGUGAUGACCAGGCACCUCCCAUGAGUCCCGUGAAGUCUCAUGGUUCCACGGGAGAUUUGUUGCAAGACCUAGAUAACUGCAUUGAAUCAACCGAGCCAGUAUUUAGACGGCGGGCCAAUACCUUCAGUUACAUGCCUUCCGGUGUUGAACAGCCGAAGCAGAUGCUGGACGAGACCCCAACCUUUCCCAAGCCGAAAUUGAUGAGAUAUCACUCCGUGAGCACAGACACACCGCACAAACAAAACCCAAGCGUAUCAAAUAGUAACAUUCACAGCAAAUCACCACAGUCCAGGUUGCACAGGUCUGUAGAUCACCUGCGGUCUUCUACCUCCACUCCAAAUUUUUUUAAGUAUUUGAAGACUAGCUCCGGUGGAAGGGAUGGUGGGCUGAUAUUGAAGAGAAGCGCUUCUCAUCUUAGUGGCCUACGAGCAAGGCUUCCAUCUUCAACCUCUGCUCCAAACUUUCUAAAAUUUCUGGUUCCUGUAGCUCUCAACCACAGCACCGAAAGUGACUAUGAAUCGAGGCCGAGCCCAUGCAGAGGGAGUAAUGGUCAUGGGAAUCUGAUCCGCAGCCGUCGACAAUCCUGGCGACAGCAGAUUUUCCUUCGUGUAGCUUCACCACAGAAAGGAUGUGAAUCCCCCUGCCGACAUGAAGACCAUUCAGAUGCUGGAGAGGCUACUUCAAGGACGUCUUUGACCACAACAUGUAAUGACAGUUACCUGGGAGCAGUUGCAGAGGAAAGGAAACGCACAUCGGGGGAGCUCCGCGAUUUAUGGAGAAAGGCCAUUCUUCAACAGAUACUGCUUCUGAGAAUGGAAAAAGAAAACCAGAAACUACAAGCUUCAGAAAGUGACCUGCAGAACAAGCGUCUGAAACUGGAUUACGAGGAAAUCACUCUCUGCCUAAAAGAAGUGACUCUGGUUUGGGAGAAGAUGCUCAAUGUGCCUGCAAGGUCAACAGUUAAAUUUGACAUGGAGGAUAUUCACACAGCCAUGGGCCAAGGUGUACCCCGGCAACAUCGUGGUGAAAUAUGGAAAGUUCUAGCUGAGCAACACCAGCUGAGAUAUCGUUUACCUGUAAAACAACAACCAAAGGAUACUCCAUAUGAAGAACUGUUAAAGCAGUUAACAUCUCACCAGCAUGCAAUACUUAUUGAUCUGGGUCGUACAUUUCCGACACACCCCUAUUUUGCUGCUCCGUUGGGUGCUGGCCAACUCUCCCUAUAUAAUCUCUUGAAAGCCUACUCUCUGCUGGACCCGGAGGUGGGCUAUUGCCAGGGCCUUAGUUUUGUAGCAGGAAUCUUGCUGCUACACAUGAGUGAAGAAGAUGCUUUUCAUACACUGAAGUUUCUCAUGUAUGACAUGGGCUUGAGGAAGCAAUAUCGACCAGACAUGAUUAUUCUACAGAUACAGAUGUACCAACUUUCACGACUCCUCCAUGACUACCACCGCGAUCUGUACAGCCACUUUGAAGAGAAUGAAAUUAGUCCCAGUCUUUAUGCUGCCCCAUGGUUUCUCACUGUAUUUGCCUCUCAGUUUCCUUUGGGUUUUGUGGCCAGAGUCUUUGAUAUGAUUUUCCUUCAAGGGUCAGAGGUAAUCUUUAAGGUAGCCCUAAGUUUGCUGGGAAGCCACAAGCCACUGAUUCUACAACACGAAAGUCUGGAAUCAAUAGUUGACUUUAUAAAGUGCACUCUACCCAACCUUGGGCUCGUGCAGAUGGAAAAAACAAUUAAUCAGGUGUUUGAAAUGGAUCUUUCCAAACAGCUGCAAGCCUAUGAGGUUGAAUACCAUGUUCUUCAGGAUGAGCUAAUAGAUUCUUCAGCUGCCAUGAGUGACAACGAACGAUUAGAAAAAUUGGAAAAAAAUAACAACAGUUUACGCAAGCAAAACAGUGAUCUACUGGAGGAACUUGAGGUCGCUCAUACAAGAAUUGAGAGCCUGGAAGCUACAGUAAAAGCCUUGCUAAGCAAUGAAGGAAGGUUGAAGCAAGUCAUUUGUACCUUAGAGCUGGAAAGAGCUGCACUCUUGGCUGCAGUUGAAGAAUUUCAAAAGCAGGUUCCUAGCAGUGAACAUGCUGACAACAGAACACAGUCUGAAGCACAAGAAAAUGAUUGUAAAAUCUGAUGCACUUUACAUAAGAGAAAACAAAUUGUUUUUUAAAAAAAAUUAAUUAAGCAAAUGGAACUUUCUGGUUCCUCCACAACAAGUACGAUCCUUAUUUGGGUCUAUUUGAAGGCACAACAGUAUCCAGCAAUGUAGUGACAACACGAAUCACUGGAUCAUCGCUGUUAAAGACCGAUUAACAAGAGAUUCCUUUCUGCAAGAAUUGUGGGAUUAAUACCUAAUGGUUGCACCCUGUUUUUUUUAAUGUAUAGACCAAGUCGAACCAAUAGAUUUGGAUACAGUGUUUGAAGUGUUUGCCAUAGUAUCUUGUAUACAGAUACAGUUUAGAGUGAAACAUAUACUUGCAGCAUAUUGCUAAUGUCGAAACAUUUCGACCUACAGCAUUACUUCCUGGAUUGUCACUCCAUUUCGGGUGAUAACAAACUAUUCUGAACUUCUUUUGGCCAUUAAUUGGGCAUUUUGCUUUACUUUCCACAAUUCACUUUCUGUAAGUAGUGUUUUUGUUUGUAGGAAAAGCAAGAUUUCAUUUUUACAUUUCUUACAAAAGCAUUUCUAUACUUUGGUAAUGUCUUUAGAUUGAUCCCAUCUGAUAGAAACCAUUUGGGCAAAUAAAAAGCACAUUGACCUGACCCACUGCAGCUCAGUUAAUCUAGAGCAAUUGCAUCACUGAGCAGUGAAAAAGAAAACUGAGAAGCAAGGAGAGAUCAGAUGUCUCAUUGGUAAAUAUUGCUUUGUCAAAAUAUUAAAAGGAGGAUAGAAGAGGGAAAGAUGGGGUCUUCGAACUGGUGCUAAUAGGGAAUUAUAUGAAUUUAUUUCUGGGGCCAUUAAGCAUGUUAGUGUAUAUUAAUGUCCCCAACAGUUCUAUUUCAGUAUUAUUUUUAAUAAACACUGCAACUUAUCGAUUUUUCUCUACUGCUGUGCUGCCCCCAUGAGUCUGGGGUGUAAAUGGUCAAUGGGCAUCUGUGCAUUGACAGUUGUAACUCCGAAGGUACAGCUGCCGACUUUACUUUACAUCUGUGCAUCACACAGGCAAAAGUUGCACUGUGUUUUUAUUUUUUUUAAGAAACUAGCCAAAAAGAAUUGUUAGGAUCAUGUUGCUUUGGUUUUACAUCUCUCUCUCAUGUCAUUCCCAUAUUGAAGUGGUGCAGUUGAACAGGGGGCAAAAAAAGGAAGAAAAAAUUACAUGAGUCAUUCGAACAAUAAAUACUGUUGGCAUUUAUGCUGUUCCACUAUACCUUUUGAACACUUCUCCACUCAACAAUUACAAGUCAUUCUAGUUCUAGCUAUAAUAGUAUUAGUGGCGAAUCAUUGAAUCGUACAUAUCUGGCUCACUAGUAAAGUUGUCAGGAAGGUAAAGAGCGUUAGGAAAAGUGAGACACCUUAAAAAUGCAUUAUUAGCUGAUUUUUAUAUUUUUGCUUAAAAAUAAAGACUAAAUUCAUUUUGUGGACAAUGUUAAUACCAGAUUCAAAAAUAAAUUCAAAGUACUUCCAGCAAGUUACAGAUGUAAAUACAAAUUUAAAAAUAUAUGGACAAGUAGAAAUUGCAAUCCAAAUUAAGUGGCAUUUUUAUAAUACUUGCAUAAUUAGUAAUAUUUGCUGUUAUGGAAAGUAGCUUCUUGCCCAUCUUUCGUCAGUGUCAGUAUGUUACCAUUGUAUGAAUAGGAAGUGCCCAAGAAAGGGGAAACUGUUAACCAUGGUUGUAUGGCAGUUAUAAUUGUUGAUGAUGUUCAUCAUGUACUGACAAAGCUAGCAUUAGUAUUUACAUCUGACGAAAUUCUAGUACCAAAAGCAAAACACCAAAGGUGACAAUAUUCUUUAACAUGAAUUUGCCAUUCAAUAGGCAUUUCGUUUAACAAUGCAGUGUAUAGGUAUAUUGAUGCCAUUGAAUAGUGAUUGACAAUUGUUUGAGUUAUUGAAUGUGACCUUCUGACAACCAAUGAAUGUGAAGAGUGUGAAAAUGCUGAAAGUUUGCUCAAUAGACUUGAAAAUCCAAUUAAGCAACACUGUAACCACAAGCUGAUUUUUACUGAAAAUCAGAAUUUCGGUACAUUACUGUUUUUUUUUCUGUAUUUAAGCCAAAUUUCUUGUAAUUUUGGAAACCAUUAACACAGUAUUUGGUAAGGAAACUUGCUUUAGGCAGAACUGGUUUCUACCUGGUUAAAUGGAUUGCUUGCUGUUCUCCUUUCAGUCUUUUUCAUCCUUUAAUAAGGAACUCCAGAGUUAAAGGCUGAAAGGACGUGUAACUUUUCUUUGUCUACUGAUCGUUUGGAUACUCUCUUUGGAUUAUUCAAAAACCAAAUAGAAGAAGAAUGAUGUGCCCAUUAAUUAGAUAAAUUGAACUGGUACAUAUCCCAGCUGUGUAUAUUUUUCAAUGAAGACUAUUUUGGAGGAGAUAUAUGACAUUUGAAUUGGACUGAUAGCCUAAAGACAGUAAAAGUUCUUGCUAUCAUUACCUGAAGGAACUCCUUUAAAGAAAAGGCAGUGUAGGUAUUGAACAUCAUUCCACUGUAAAGAUUUCAAUGUAUUUGAACACCAGCAUAAUUAAUGGUGCUUUACAUGUUCCUGUGCCUUCUUUGUAUGAUUCUGAUUCCUCAGUUGUAAGAUUGCAUAAUAGUGAGCCAAGCUAUAUGGCACCAGCAAAUGGUGUGCAUUAAAUGGAUUGCCGCAAAGCUGUGAUUUUUUUCUCUUGUUACCCAUUCAGUGGGUUUCUUUGAAUCACAACAGUUCACACUGGGUCUCAGCCGAAUUUCUUUAUCACUAGCCAUAUGCUGUAAAUUAGUCAAAGACUGUCACCAUCUAUUGUUUAUCAGCAAAUAAGCGACCAGCAUUAGUGUCAGACUUAAAAUGUAACUUGAUACCGACUGGUCUAAAAAGAAAGUUAAAUUUGGGUUCAAUUUGUAUUGAUUGAUAAUGCCCCUGUGAAAUUCAAGAUGACUGGUAUAUGUAUCUCUCCCACUGUUGGAUCUGCAGUAUUGCAUUUAACUUUAGUGUAGUUCUCUGUUGAGAAUAUUCAUACAUUUCUACACUGUUACAGAUCCAGUAAAAGAGCUUGACAAGUUUGGAAUGUUUACACUGCCAUCUCACUUCUUUUUUUUUGGUAAUCUGCUAUGUGGGCUCCAGUGUUUAAAAGUGGAAUGUUGCUGCUGAUUCUUUUUUAGUAGUAAUUAUAAAUGUUACGCCUGUGAUUCAUGGCAAACAUGUCCCUGUGCCUAACUUCAGAAACUCUAUGGGGUACGGCAAGAGGGAAAGAGAUGGAUGUACCAAAGGAAUUGGGCAUAUGCAGAAUUAGAAUAAGAUGCCAUUCCUGUUUUUAGUUUGAAUUUUUAUUUAAUAAACUGUUUUGAAUCACUGUAA